UCCCGUGUGUUUCCGGUAUCCGAUAUCCUGGGAACGAGCCAAGAUGGCGACCGCUGGCAACAACACUUCCGUCCCCUCCGCUUGUUGCCUCCUUGUUUCCUUGUUUUUAUGUUUACUGGUUUACGCACAGGCACACAGAUGUUCACAUCAGGUUCCCAAGCCCAACGAGGUUGUCCAUGGUGUCCACAUAGAGCCAGCACAUAUAGUCAAGAAGAGAAGUCUAGAUCAACCAUUGAGAAUACACCUUGUUUAUGACAGUAGCAUAGAACAAUUAUCAACAGAGAAGAAAGACCUAGUGAAGAAUGUUUUGUUCCCUCGAGCCAAGGAGUUCCUACAAAACACUUUAUAUGUAAGGGGGACAGGUGUGCCUAUAUUGUUAGAUCGUCAGUGCCAGACAGGCCAUGCAGUGAUCCUGGAGAAUGACCCUCACCUGUGCUGUGAGACGGCCUGUAAUGUCACCACCAGGUGUGGAGAGGUUCAGGUACCUGAGGAACAUCUCAGACAGUGCCGGGUUUGGACCCAUCAGACUGGCUGUAACCUGGUGGGUAAUCCCUCAGGACCAGGGGUGGCCAGUGCUGACUUCAUCCUGUAUGUGUCAGCCAAACAGACUGACCGCUGUGGGGUGGACGACACUGUCGCUUAUGCUGCUUACUGCCAACUGGAAGCUGCUCUGGACAGGCCUGUUGCAGGCUAUGCCAAUCUGUGCCCAAAUGUCAUCUCCACCAAGCCUCACGAGUUUGCCAGCCUACUGUCCACUGUCAAGCAUGAGAUGAUCCAUGCCUUGGGCUUUUCCUCCGGCCUCUUUGCAUUCUACCGAGAUGAGAAUGGAAACCCUCUGACAAACAGAAGUGCUAAUGGAAAGCCAGUCUUCAAUGACCAACGUGGAGUUUACCAGUGGAGCGAUCGCGUGAUCCAAGAGGUCACGUACCCAGAGUGGCACGUCCGCGGUGGUCGCAUCCUCCAGCAUAAAGUCAACGUUAUCAUCACGCCAAAAGUCGUGGAAGAAAUAAGGAACCAUUUUAACUGUCCAGAUCUGAGAGGAGCUGAAAUAGAGAAUCAGGGGGGUGCUGGCACAGAAUGGAAUCACUGGGAAAAGCGGUUACUUGAGAGUGAAGCUAUGACAGGAUCUCAUACCCAAAACAGAGCCUUCUCCAGGCUAACUCUAGCACUGAUGGAGGAUACAGGGUGGUACAGAGCUAACUAUGACAUGGCUGAGCCUUUGCUAUGGGGGAAGAACCUGGGUUGUGAUUUUGCCAAGAAAAGCUGCAAGUAUUGGAUUGACUCUCAGACACAAAAAGGGGAGUUGGUUGCACCCUACUGUAACACAGUACAACAGAACCCUCUCCAGCUGAGGUGCAGCAUUGACAGGGUGUCUGUAGCACUGUGCAACCUCCAGAACUACGGCAGACCCAUUCCCGAGGAAUACCAGUAUUUUGACAGCAUCCCUGGUCAAGAUAAUACUGCUCUACAAAACUAUGGAGGUGGAGUGGCCUUGGCAGACUAUUGCCCCUUCAAUCAGGAGUUCAACUGGCAGUCAGAUGGUGUGUUCUCCAGGGCAUCCAACUGUGACACGGCAGAAAACGCCCCCUCAGACAGGGAUAACUUUGCCCUGGAAUAUUACGGCCAGGACUCCAAGUGUGUAGAACAGGGCAGUGCUUGGACAAAGGAAGACUGUAGGCAAAGGGCUUCGGCUGUCGACUGGGGCAGUGGCUGCUAUCAGUACCGCUGUACCAAUGAAGGGCUGAUCGUGGUGGUAGCAGGCAAGGAAUAUCGCUGUUACAGAAAAGGACAAGAGUUGUCUGUUGCAAUGGUGAAAGGCUCCUGGCUGCACACAGGCAGUCUGGUUUGUCCUUCCUGUGAAGAAAUGUGUUGGGAUAAUUUACAAAUCACCUGCCCAGCAGAAAUAGACCCUCCAAAUCUGUCUACAGCCUCAACCAGACCACAGGUCCCCUGCGGAACUAUUCAGAGCGUUUCGGAAUCACCUGGUCGAACAGCAACUCUGGGAAUGUUGUUCCUCAACCUCAUUCCACUAUUGGUCGGAAUCCUACUGUGCAAUACACCUUAGGCAGUGCUAUUAGGUCACAUCAAAUAUCGGAUUUCUUGGUACUUAGAUUUGCACACUUCAUUUUGUUUAAAAAAAAAAGUAGGUAUAUGAAAGAUCACAUAUACUAUUUGGGAUGUGAAUCAAUCCAAAUAUGCUUUUGUAUAUGGCCCUAACCUUUCCUAUUUUUAGUUGCUUUUUAUUCAUGCAUUACAAGAUGAAAAUCCAUAGUUUAAAUGUUAUCCUGCAUAGUAUGUUACUUUUUGGUAGCAAGUGGGUCGAUCGCAGGAUGCAUUUUUUAAAUAAUUUCUAUUUUGCCCGCAUAUAUAAGCUCCAUUAUUUUCUUACACAAAUCUUAAACCAAGAUACUAAAUUAGUAUAGUUUGGCCUUAAGCGUCAUUUAAAAAAUGUAUUUUUAACUUGUAUACCUCUACAUUCCCAGUGGAGAUGUGAUGUAACAUGGGAUCGGUAGUCUUCUGUCACAGAAUAAAUAAUUAUGAUAAGGAAUAUUGACAGUUGCAGUAAUAACAAGAUUUGAUUCAGGGUGUUGAAAUCGUCCUAAUAUGUGCCAUCAUUUUUCCAAGAGUAACAGCAAUACAACACAGUGAUUUUUAGGAGAGGAAUUAUUCUAGGACGAAAAUUGAUAAGAUUUCUUUAAUCAUUAGUAGGGAUCAAAUAGAUGCAAGCAAAGGAUUAACAUUUAUAACGGCGCAUCACUGGCUACAGGAAAUAGAGCAGCUAACUUUACAUCUUUAAUACAUAAACAUGACUGUGAGAAAAGUGGUCAUUAACAACAAAUUUAUAUGAUUUUGUUGCAAAUUAUGGAAGUAAUACAGCAGAGCUAUAUAUAGUGAUUUCUGCACACUUUGUCCCAUCUUUUUCAGACUAUUUUUUUUAAUUGCUUCAUCAAAAAGGCUUCAAACUUUGUACAAAUGUAGAUUAAACAUUCACUAACCUUGUUAGAUGGUAGCUACAUGUAACACUAAUACAUGGGCAGCAUGUAAUGUGGGUUGACAUAUGCGUAGCAGUGCUCCUAAUUCCUCGUCAUGCCGUGAACUUAAUUUUGUUGCGUGUUGCAUUUUUUCCUGAUUAUUAGAUUUAAGAUGCAUUACAAUCCACCGUAUUCAAUUAAGUCUAAUGAAAAUCAAGGAAUUCAAAAAUCAGUGAAGUACAUGAUUUAGCAUGUAUGGUAAAAAUGGUGUUAUCUUUAAUGUUUUAAUUUAAAAAGUAAUCUAUGUAAUUUAUUUCUGUUUAUACCUUGCAACUAUAUAAUUUUGUAAAUCAAACAUUCAACGUUUUGAUUAAUUUCUUGAAAGCUGCUUGUUUGAUUAUGUUGCUGGUCAACAUUUCCUCAGUUUUUUUUUAAUGUUUUAAGCUUUUUAUCUAAUUCUAAAGAAAUGCUACCAUAUGCAUGGUAACUGUUUAUAUUUGCCAUUGGUGUGUUGUGAAAUGUUUUGAUGACAGCUGUAGUAAGCAAUAGCCACUGAAGGUUUGACAAGGCCUGUAAUAGGCUACAAAGUAUAUUAACAGUAACAUUGCACCAAAUUAGUGGGCAUUUACUGGCCCACUACUGUUAUGGUGUUUCAAGAACUCAAAAGAAAUAUAUGUCUUUUUUUCUUCUUCUUUGCAUUGCAAAAAAAAAACAGGCAAUAAAGCGUCCAUCCUUCAUUUCAUUCCUUUGGAUAAAACUUUACAAAAGACAUUCAUAUUGCAGUAAUUAAUAAGAAAGCAUCUGGUGUACAUUUUUUCUGCUUAUCCAUCUUAUAUUUCCAAGUAUAGUUCCAGACUACUUUGCAAGUGAAAAAAAAACUGCUGUGUGAAUCAUAGCAACAGUAUGUGUGCUGGAACGUUUAGAUUAUUUUACCAGUCAUGUUUUGCAAAGAGGACUUAAAAGUGUUCCCAUUCACAGCUUGUUAGUGACUAUGACUGCUGGACCUUUCUUGAGUAUUGUGAGUUUUUCGUAGUGUUCUCAGGGUGUAACUGUAGAAAGUUGUUUUGCUUGUAUUGAUGAUGUUUUUGGGACAAAUAUUGUCUAUAGAAUAUUCAUUUGAAUAUUCUGUUGAUUAUCCAUAGAUAAUUGUUUUAUGUGUUUGUUGUUGAUGUGAAAGUUAUAUUUACCUUGUGCGUUUCAUGUCAUAGUGUAUUGUGAAGAAACUGGGGACACAAAACAAAAAUGGAUUGGAAAAAUCCACAUAAACCUACACAUAUCAGAAAUGUUUUGUUUCACUUUAUGAUAAGAUCACUGUGUUUUGCUAACAUGUGGAAUAUUGUGAUGAAAAUGCAUUUGACUGUAAAGAAGUAAAUAUUGAUAUUGUACAUCCGAUGUUUGUAUUUUUUUAUUUCAUUUGGUAGUAGUAGAUUGUGAUAAUACGCCCAAGUGACCACCUCUAUAAGCAGGCCAUCUGGCCAUAACGACCGAUUUUCUCGGUCCCGAUAUAUUCCACAAUGUGCUAGCUACAACUGUUGCAGGCGUCCCAAG